ACCCUAAAUAUCAGAUCACAUCGUUUUAUGCCUUGGUAAAAGGAAACCCCCCAUACAUUUGUGUUAGGGUUCUUCGUCAUCGCCGUUUCGAAGCUGCGAAUCCAAGUCUUCACAAAUGGCUCCGAAGAAGGGUGGAAAGCCGAUUGUAACCAAGAAGAAAACGGAGAAGGUCGCGAAUCCAUUGUUCGAGAAACGACCAAAGCAAUUUGGAAUCGGUGGAGCUUUGCCUCCUAAGAAGGAUCUUCACAGAUUCGUAAGAUGGCCUCAAGUCGUCCGAAUUCAGAGAAAGAGGAGAAUCCUCAAGCAGCGUUUGAAGGUCCCACCAGCAUUGAACCAGUUUACCAAAACCCUUGACAAGAAUCUCGCAACGACUUUGUUCAAGAUGCUACUCAAGUACAGGCCGGAAGACAAAGCAGCCAAAAAGGAACGCCUGUUGAAGAGAGCUCAAGCUGAAUCAGAAGGAAAGACUGUUGAAGCUAAGAAACCCAUUGUUGUGAAGUAUGGUCUUAACCAUAUUACCUACCUUAUCGAGCAGGUUUUUCUCAUUUACACUCACUGUAAUCUUCUAUUUCUUUUUCUUCUAAAGUGCUUAAUGACAUAUUAUGUUCCAUUUCAGAACAAGGCACAAUUGGUGAUCAUUGCCCAUGAUGUUGAUCCAAUUGAAUUGGUUGUCUGGCUUCCUGCACUCUGCAGAAAGAUGGAAAUCCCUUACUGCAUUGUAAAGGGGAAAUCUCGUUUAGGAACUAUUGUCCAUCAGAAAACUGCAGCAGCCUUGUGUUUGACUACAGUCAAGAACGAGGAUAAAAUGGAGUUCAGCCGAGUAUUGGAGGCCAUCAAGGCUAACUUCAAUGACAAGUAUGAGGAGUACAGGAAGAAGUGGGGUGGUGGAAUAAUGGGUUCCAAGUCACAGGCAAAAACUAAGGCAAAAGAGAGGGUUCUUGCAAAGGAGGCUGCUCAGAGGUUGAAUUAGAUUAUGCUUUUGGUAAUGUACUUUCUGGUUUUGAUUUUUGUUUUAGAAUAUCUAAAUUUAAGGUUAUUUUUUGUUUUGGAAAUUUUGAAAAGGACAAAUGUUUACUUGUUAUGGUUAUUGUAUGUGUUUGGUUUUUGGAUUUAUGAUAAUUAUUGAUUCGAAGUGA